AUGUCGGGCUACAUGUCGGGAUCUGAGAGAGAAGGAUCUCGCGACCGCCGAGACUCGGGUGCCUUCCAUCAGCAUUCCAGGUCCGAGAGUAGCAAUGGACGCGCGAGCAUCCCCAUGUGGGAUAGCUCCGACCCAGACCGCGCACCGCCGCCGCUCCCUCUAGCACCAAACCACGGGAGCCCCACGACCAAGGCCAACACCUCCGCUGGUAUUGCCGCGGCUGCGAAGAAGAUUGUCGAGAGUGCGCGCGAGUCUGCUCCGCUAUCAUCAUACACGUCGAACUCUACGGCACUCCCCGAGCGGUCACUUGUCAAAGGUGGAAUUCACAAGCGCAUGCAGUCUUUGCAGACGGGAAAUGUAAAGGAUCUGAGGAAUUAUCUCGACAACAACCGCUCUCCAGAGCGGUCACCGGAGAGACCCUCUUCCAGAGGUACGCAUAUGCAAUACAGCCGUAUGAGCAGCUUCGAUGAACUCCCAUCUUCUCCAAUUGAUCGGUCAACCACUCCUACACAAGGCGAGCGCGACGUGUUCAAGGAUACGCCUUCACUUCGACCGUCAUCUCGUCAGCCUCCCAAAGCCAUUCUUGGGGAGAACACUCCUCCAUCAGCAACUAUGCUGGCGCUGCAGAACAUGCAAGUACCAGAGCCACCGCUGGCGGACAUUACAAAUCGUCCAAGCACACCAGGCGGCACUCCACGAGUCCAUACCCAAUAUGACUUCUCUAGUCAGUUGCUGAACAUCACUACCAUUGCGACAAAUCUUCAAAAGGAAAUGGCUCAGCUCAGCAGGCGAAGCAAGGACAAUGCGACCGACCUGCUCACCCUCAAGGAGGCCACAACCUCACGCGAUGAAGACAUUCGGAAGAGUCUGCGUGACCUUGCUGGUUCUGUCACUUCGAGCCAUCUUCUGGGCCCUCCACCUCCCAUCCCAGGUAGCAGUACCCGGAGACAAUCCUACAGCACUCAGCAUGUGGACAGCAACGUCUUCAGCUCACCUCCGUCCGCGAGCAAGUCGUACAACUUUCCUCGUGCGCAAAGCGCCCACAGUUUCAUGGAGGAGCCUCGAUGUGGAUCGCCUUCGCCCUACUCCGUUGAAGGUGCUGCCAGUGUGGCUAUGCUGGAGAAAAUCAUUCGUGAGAUGGUGACCAAGGAAGGCCAGGAGCGCCUACAGUCCACUCUUGCUGAACUGCUCGAGAAGAGUCGCAAGGACAACUUCGACGCGGCUAAGAAGGUGGAGGAGCUUUCUGAGUUCAUCAAGUCCAAAUCACAAUCUCAGGCUCUUGUUCACGUUCCGGAAGGAGGCCCACCACACCUGGAAUUGAACUUUGAUGCGCCGCGCGAAGCGAAGCAUGAUGGAAACGGCAACGCCCAGCAGAUUAAUCCGGCUGGCGAGGCAGAGAUUAUGAGACUUCUCCAGCGCAUCAAGGACUCUAUCUCCCACUCUGGCGGUACCACCUCAGAAGUCAAGGGCUUGGUCCGGGAUCUUCGAGGUGAGGUUCUUGGAAUGGGUAGAGAGUUGGGCAAGAAGCUCGAUCAGAUUGGUGAGACUCAGCUGAGCACGACCUUGGAUCGUUCAAUCCAUGACGGGCGUGAUACGGAGCAUCUCGAAGAAGUGCAGCGGAUCGUCGAGGAAGGUCUUGCGGAGCUGAAACAUCAAAUGUCCUCUGUUCUCAAGGAGAGGGCGGAACAGGAUGACGAAUCCUUCAGGCAGAUCUCAACUGCCCGGUCUGGUCCCAAUGGCGAUGAGAUGCUUUCCGUCGUUAAGCACGCGCUUGCAGAGCACAGCAAUACCGUGGGCAGCGAAGCACAGCCACCAAGCCUUGAUAAAGAGGGCGUGCUGGAUGCCGUGAAGGAGGGUCUGAAAGAGUUUGAGCCAAACAUUGAGCUUCAACAAUUCGGCCUGGAGCGGGACGAGAUCUUGGCAGUUCUCAAGGAGGGCCUGGAAGACUAUCAAAGCAGUCGGGUGGAGCCAGGACCAGCCAGUAUCGACAAGGGCGAGAUCUUCGAGGUCAUGCAGGAAGCUCUCAAAGACUUCCAGGCACCAUACCCAGCCGAACAACUGGACGAUCUCAAGGAGGAACUCAUCGGCAAUGUUCGACUAGCAUUGGAGCAAUUCCGCCCUGCUCCCUCUGAAGCUGCAAUGGACCCGGAGGCGAUGCAUGCUGCCAUCUUCGACGCUGUCAAGGCAGGCAUGGAGAACCACGGGCCUUCCGCACCUCGAGAGCUCGAGAUCAGUAGAGAUGAUCUUUUUGACGCUGUCAAGGCUAGUCUGGAUGUAUCCGCGAUUCCUUUCGGUGGCUUGGGCGAGCAGGUACUGAGACAGAUGCAGGAGCUCAUCGAGGGCAUGCGUGAGGAGUUCAAGGAAUAUUCUGCCGCCAAUGGUCGGGAUACUGAGCAGGUUCUCGACGCCGUGAAUGACGGUCUCGAUCGUCUACGCUCCGACGUGGAGACGUAUGUCGACAAAGCACAAGAUGUGACUGGCAAGGACGAGAUUGUUGAUUCCGUCAAGAUGGGUCUUGAGCAGCUUCGGCAGGACGUCCAAGGCUACUGCGCACAGGGCCCGCUCGAAGAUAACGGCAAGACGGAAAUGCUUGAAUAUAUCAAGUCCGAGUUUGAGCAUCUCCACGAGGCCAUCAGCACCCGCGAGAGUUCGCGCGAUGUUGACGCGUCAGAUGCUGACAGUCACACUGCUGUCAUCUUUGCUUUGAAGGAGGGCAUGGAUGAUCUCAAAGCGCAUCUGGAGAGCCGCAGCGAAGACUCGCGCGAGAACGACGACCUGAAUGAGGCCAUGCGAGAAGAAUUCGAACAGCUGAAGGGAGCUAUCCUCAAUGCGAACUCUGCCGACAAGAACGAGCUCAUUGAGACCAUCCAGGAUAGUAUGGGUGCGUUGCACUCGAAGUUAAACGGCAGUGAGCUGUCCGGCUUGUCCUCUGGAGGCUUUGACGAGAUUCACCACACCCUUCGCGAAGAGCUCGCUGCGCUCAAAGAGUCCAUUCAUGCCAUGGUUGGCGAAGUUGACAAGGACGCAAUUGUCUCCGAGCUUCGUCACUCUCUGGAGGAUCUAAGAACACAGCUUGCUGGAGAUCAGAGCGAACAGUCAGCCGAAUCCCUGGGCGCCAUCAAAGAAGAGCUAGAGGCAUUCAAAGAAUCUCUUGGUAGCUCUCUCGUCGUUGGUGGCCCUGGUGACCAUGUCGAGGCUCUUCAAGCCAUUCGUGCGAGUAUCGAGGAGGUCAAGGAGUCAACUUCCAAGGGGGCUGGUACUGGCAUUUCGGACGAACAGCUGGAAGCCAUCCGCGGCGAGUUCGAAAACCUCCGCACGUCCAUUGCUAGCAGCGCCAUCCAUGCAGGCUCCAACGAAGAAGUCUUGGAUGCCGUUCGUCUCGGUCUGGACGAUUUACGUUCUCAUCUCGAAAAGAAGCUCGACAACCCUGAAAGCAUCAUCUCUCACCAGGGCCAAGUGCUCGAUGCUUUGAAUGAGCAUCUCGAAACCCUGCGAACUGACGUUCUCAAGACACUUGAGAGUCAGCCUGACAAACCUCUUGACAUGACUGUCAAUUAUGAGAUUCUUGACACACUCAAGGAUGGUUUGGCUAGUCUGCGGUCCGAUAUGGAGACCCUCAAAACUGUUAGACCUACCACCUCCGAAGGCGGCAUGGUCGUUUUGUCGGAUGGAGCAGCGUCUGGCGAUGCCACCCGCGAGCUUGCUGCCGAUUCUCCUGCUKCUGCUGCGUCUACCGGCGCUGGCAUCAGCCGCACCGAUUUUGAAAAAGUUGAGGUCCUGCUUGCCCAGCUACAGAUCAAGAUUGAGGCUAUGGAUCAUACAAUCCAAGACAUGCCAGGCCAUGGGCAGCCUCCACAAGCUUCGGAAGACACCGCUGUGAAGGCUGACCUGGUGGUCAUGGAGAAUAUGCUUCGGGAGCUGCAGGAGUCUGUCAUGGCUGCCAAGGACGAGCGAUCUCCAGAGGGCGCCGCCCGGAAGGAGGACACUGAUGCUAUCGAAACACUCUUACGCAACACCAAAUCUCACCUCGAGGACUUGGCACUACCAGACCCCGAGACCGCAGUCACCAAGGAGCACCUGGAUGAAGUUYAAGCUGUCGUGCGGCUAACCAACGAAGCAAUGGAGAGUCUCGCCGAGAAAUUUGAGAACUCCKCUGCAUCAAAGGCGGACGUUGCGGUUGUCGAAGUGCUUGCUCAAGACAUCAAGACACUCAUGGAGGAUUUGAAGGCCAAGACAGCCGAGAAAGCUGAGGAGGCGGAGGCGGCGGAUGCUCCAGAAGUCAUGACCAAGGCGGACCUGGAUGUUCUAGGCGUGCUCUGCACGGAGAUCAAGGAGCGCGUGGGCGAGAUGAUCUUGCCUGAUCCCGAGGCUGUGCCAUCCAAGUCGGACAUUGAGCAGCUGCAAGGGCUCAUCACCGACUUCCGGGAGAGCCAUGACAAGAUGAGAGACAGCUACGAGACCGACAUCGCUGUGACCGCCAAAGCCUUUGACGACCGCAAGCAGGAGUUUGAUGACACUAUCACACAAAUCGGCGAGGUGAAGUCCCUCAUCGACGAGGUCAAGGCCGAGUUGAUCGAGAAGCUCGGCGAUGGCGAGCUAACCAUCAGCACUUUCGGCGAGACCCUGAAGAGUCUCGAAGAUAAAUCUGGCAACGAGAGUGUCAUCGACGAGGUCAGGGAGGUCAUGGAGAAGGUCAAAGAAGAGUUCGAGCGUGCACACGAUUCUCUGGAGGCGAUCAAGGUGGACAAUGCACAGUCUGCAGAGUCUGCCCUUGAGAAGCAUUCCGAGCACAAGGAUACCAUCAUUGGCGAGUUGAAGGACAAACUUGACAGUCACUUUGAUAUCCUGAUGAGCAAGUACGAUGAUGCUCAACAUGCUGCAGAGGAGAACGCAAAGGCAAUGGAAGACAAGACCACUCAGCAGGAAGAAUUGCUGACCAGCACCAAAGCCAUGGCAGAUGACCUGAAGCUGUCUAUCGAUACUCUGGGCAGCACCAUGACCUCUUUUAUGGGCGACCUUCCUGCCACCAUGGAGAGGAUGGCUGAAGAAUCGAAGACCGUCUUCACCCAGGCUGUUGAAACCCACGCUCGGUUGGAAGAGACCGGCGAGAGUAUCAAGAGCGAACACCUUGCAACUCGAGAGGAAGUUGCAAAGGUCCUUGCCGCUGUUGAUCUUGUCCAGGGCGACAUGUCCGAGCACAAUCCACGCUUCAUGGUGACGCUUGAGGAAGUCCGUGCAUUGAUCAACAUACACUAUGAUCACUCGCAAAAGGCCACAGAGACUGCUGCCGAGCAUGCCCAGGCAGUCAAGGACAUGCAAGAAGCACUCAAGGCCGGCUUCCAAGACAGCAAAGCUCAGGCAGAGGCGCACACGGAAGGUCUCAGAUCUCAUCACGAGGAACUGAAGACAACACUCCCGGCGCUCAUGCCCGCUUCUAUCGAUCCUGCCCCCGCUGCAGAGAAGUACGACGAUACUGCGGUUCACGAGAAGCUUGACAAGCUGAUGGGCCACGUCGAGGAGGCAUCUGACCGCUCAACACAAAUCGAGCGUCUUGAUCAAAUCCAUGAAAAGGUCAUGGCCACUGCUGCUGAGGUCUCCGCCUUCGUGUCUGCUCAAAACAGACAAAUUACCGCCGACCACGAGGCCAAAGAGAAGGAGGCCGAGGAGAUUGCAUUACUCCUUGAGCGUCGUCUGGAGCGCAAGGACCAAAUCGAAGCCGACAUCACUGUAUUGAACGAGGAGAGGGAAUCUUUGCAGACUGCUGUUAAUGCACUCAAAGCCGAGAGGGAGGCUCUUGCAGCCCAAAAAUCCCGUUUGAACGCCGAAGUGUCAUCGAUGGAGACCGCGCUGCACAUUCGCCGCGAUGAGCUCCAUGCCAUGGACAGCAAGGCACUUGCAAUUGAGCGCCGCAUGCUUGAGGGCGUGAUGAGCCAAUCGCGCAUGCUGCUCCUGUCCAGGGCCGCACCAAAGGCCCCUUCGCCCAAGAAGAAGCCUCAUGUCGGGCGCGAUCUUCGGGUCCCCAGCACAGCGUCUGCCACCUCUGCGCAUACUGUCACAUCCUCUGUGCCAGCCCUCAAGAAUGCUCACAACCUGGCAAUGAAGUCGAGGCCGAACCUUCAGCGGAACGGACCUGCGAGCAACACGACUGAGCGUCGUAUUAUGUCGCUCAACCAAAUUGCGCACAAUGUACCGACAGGUGCGCACGCCUUCGCUGCACCUCCUGCUGAGACCAAGGCUAGUCUGUUGUCUGGGUYGAACACCGUCAAGCGUAGCCACUCAGUCAAGACGAACUUCCUGCAGCGUAAGCCGUCCUGGGCAGGAGCAAAGCGCAAGGUCAGCGGUACGGUCCAAAACAAGGAGAACGAGACUUUGUCCGAGGAAGACGAGGAUCUUGCUUCACCGAGUAUCAGCGAGGCCGGUACCGUCGAUCGACGCAUGAGCCAUCUCUCUGGCACGAGCACAUUCGCUACCGGCAGCUACCUCGAAGACGGCGAAACACCGGAUGAUGCCCAGCGUAUGAGCUACGCGCCCAGUGACAUGACGUACGAUACCCGUAGCAGUUAUCUGAGUGGAAGCUACAUGACCGGCAGUGAUGUUGAUGGUCGUACGAGCAUCAACAGCGAUUCUGCGGCUGGGGUCCUUGGUGCGGAGACUGCCACUAACAAUGGUACCAUUGAUGAGGAGUUCGAAGAGGCAGAGUCUGGUGCYGAGAGGGGGGAUGAGACGGAAGAUGAGACGGCGGCCGUUCUGCAGAGCCUGGAGCCACCACCGAAGGUUAUGAAGGCACUCUAUGCUCCGCCUAGCGACAGCGGGCUCGGUACGGACUGCCCGACUGCGAUGAUGAGCGGUGGGGAAGACUACUUCAAGUGA